CCCUGAUUGCCUUACUGGGCGCUACCGCAUGAUGCUGAUCGUCCCAUAGAUGGGGGCUGCUGGCACACAGCCAGCACAGCGAACAGUGGACACUACUGGCCCAGAGGUCUGCGCGGGGAACAAUGCGAACAAACAUCGCGUGUUAGGAACUGCAGAUGAAGCCACCGUACUUGGACCCAACAACGUGCCUGGCGUCGAGCAGCGUCAAGGAGAUGGGCCACGGAAUUUUGUCUCGCAGCUAGCACAGGAGCUGCCGCGACAAGCGAAGCCAAAGGGAGGCUUUGCCGAUCACCUGCCUUCGGUGCGGAGGACGCUUCCGAACUCACCAUGGAGGACCGACAUUCCUUUGGCCACGUGGGUGGAUGAACUGAAUCCGUGCUGUUUGUCCUCUUCUGCCUCUGCCGUUUUCAUGAAUCCUGAGGUGGAAACAGGGUCAAUCUGGACAUGCCAGAUUUGUAGUGAACCAAGAAUUUCACCUACCAUAUCGCUUUGCCCAACAUGCAAGCGCCCUCGCGGAACUGAACUCAGACGUUCCUACUUGACGGCCUCAGAGCUAACACAAUCCGUCGUACAAGCCGUGAAUGACGAUGCUGGAGGCGUGGCAGGAAGUGUGAGAUCGAAAGGCCGUGAAAAGAGCCCAGCCAAAGGGGCCAGCAGCGCGGCUGUAGCAGCCAGAGGCCCAAAAAGAGAAACUCGUCGUGUGAGUUUCGAUGGCGACCAAGUGCAAGGACGUACAUUUCAGGCUAGCCAGAAAUAUGGCGUUGUGGGGUUUCCCCCAUCAACAGGACCGAAGAGGAAUAUGGUGAAGCCUGAUGCCCUGGACAAAGAAUUGGAGAAAGGCACUGAGGCACAAAGUGAGCGCCCUUUGCGUCCACUCCUUGCGCAACUACAGGGUUCAGGCGGGAGCGGUUCCAGAUCUCAAGGAGAUUUCUUCCGAGAGCCACCGCCACCGGUCUCUCCAGAGCGGCUGGUCAGAGGGCCAGGGCUCCCCUUGGCUGGCCCACCGCUGGGCCAAGGAGGGGCACAUGGCCUUCGGGACGGGUUUACUCCAGCCUUUCAAGGAAAUUCUUUGAAUGCGUGGAAAUCUGGAGUGAUGCCAUCGCCCAGCAUGGAGAAACCGGCCUCUGAAAGACAGGAAAUGCAAGGCAGACACGCAAGAAAACCGGAGCCAAAAGCAGCGACAGGUGGAAGAGAACAGGAGAAACCAAGCGAAGUCAUACAAGAAACACCGCCUGAAGUCAAGCGCCUACGGGCAGCUUGGGGCAGAGAUGAAGCAAGAAGCUCUGAGCACAAUCCCGGGGUGAUAGGCUCUGCCUCAAUGCCAACACUGACGAAGGCGAAACCUAUGGCAGUUGCAGCCCAUGCAGAUAUGGAUGUGGAAGCCUUGCUCGAGGAACAAAAAAGACGCAUCGAGGGGCUGAAGUUGAAGUUGGGCACUCUUGCAUAAAGCAACAAGCUAUUAGGUUGGAGGCCAUCGCUAGUAGGUUUCAGAGGACAAAGAUUGGACAAAGUUUCCUUUUUUCCUCGCUACGUUGCAAGAGUCGACUGCCGAAGACCAAAA